GAAAAUACAGGUGCCUCAGGCUAGACGUUUGUUUCUGACAGAAACCCUCGCUACUUUGUAGAGUGGGGGAUGAAUGUUGGCACGCACUGGACUCCGUGAGAUUGUCACAUGGUUAUGUGCCCCAGGUAAGCGAGCCUCGAAGCAUGACGUUGAACCUAAAUGGUAAGUGUAGGCCCAGACACAGGACACUGGCCCGCCAUCUUGAGAAUAUUAAUCAGAUAACGACGAACAUCAGCGUACCCUGGGCCACCGCAUUUCUGUUCGGUGUGAUAAUGUUCAGGAGAGAUUCAAACGCAGCAAAGUUUGGAGGCGAUACUUCCUCACGAGCGAUCAGCAUUCGAGUUGCGUUUUCUGUUGCCUGUGUAGCUCCGCAAAUGUUACUAAUGAACCUAUCUCCUUCGCCUGAUGACAAGGACAUUGCGAGCUUGUGCAAGGGCCAUCGGAGCAAUUGGCCGAAUGUAUCACAGUGACGAUAUUUAAUACUGGGUUGGUUCACCCACUCUUUUAGCGACAGGCAGGGAUUACGUCCGUACUACUUACACCUACCCAUGUCGACCACAGUCACUCCAGAGGAAAUUCAGGCUUUGGACCUAGACUUCCUGAACUCCCCAGCAAUCAGAUACAUCAACAGUGGGCCCUUCU